UUUCACUUUUCAGCCAAUGAUAUCAGUCGGACGUGUUUGCUCCGUCACUGCUUGAGACACCGGAAGUUUCGGAAGUGAGAUCACAUACAAACAUAAAGUCUUUUUAAGAGUGUCUAGAAGCUUCACGGUAUCAAAAUGCUGAUUAAAGUGAAGACUCUGACUGGAAAGGAGAUCGAGAUUGAUAUUGAGCCCACAGACAGGGUGGAGAGGAUCAAGGAGAGGGUGGAGGAGAAGGAGGGCAUCCCACCUCAGCAGCAGAGGUUAAUCUUCAGCGGCAAACAGAUGAACGAUGAGAAGACAGCAUCAGAUUACAAAGUGACAGGAGGAUCUGUGCUUCAUCUUGUGUUGGCUUUACGAGGAGGACAUUAGUGACGACAACUUUGGGGUACCUGAUCUAUUUCACGGAGAUGUUGCAAGAGGGGGGAGGGGGAAAGGCAGGUGAUGCCGUAUCGAUCAUGCUGGAGAAGAGCAGUUUUUGCAAGAUAAUUGAGGCGUGCACCAACUAGAUAAGGGGUAGGGUGGGCAAUUAUUUGAUUAAUGUGGACAUUUCACGUCUUGUGUUCUUUGGCUUUGUAAUGAUGUCAUGAUCAAUUAAAAUGUUGUACAUGUC